UUGAUAAUGUUUGUCAAAGUAUUUAAUUCAGUUUGUUGCCGAUUUAGUAUAAAAUAGACUAGUCGCUUCAAGCAUUGUCAACACAACGAUCAUCGCCAACUAAAUGACAAAUGGAUUGGCUAUAACAAUUUUUUCGUAAACAAACAAUUUUUUUCUUCUUCUUCUUCUCAUCAUUUUAAACAGCAUCAGUUAUCCCGUAUUGAAGUGAUUAAUCUUUUGAUAAAGGUCUCAAAGAAUCUGUAAUCAUGCGAUAUUGUCAGCUUUCAAGCUUCAGCCAUAUCUAUUUGGAUGAAUAUAAAGAACCGAAACCAUCAUUAUUAUGUUCGAUACGGGUACUGAUUGCUUUGUUGUCAAUGUUGGGAACAUCCAUAAUGUAUAUAACUCGAGUAAAUUUAAAUAUUGCCAUAUUGGCCAUGGUACAAUCUAAAGAUUCUGAUCCUGCUUUGAAAACUAUCGAAAUGUUGGCAAAUUCAUCCACCAAUAUUUUACUCAAUAAUCCUCCAGCCGUGAUCAACCAACAAAUGGUACUUGAACCAAUUCCAUUGGAGACACAUGGAAACGGAGAAUUCGAAUGGACACCUCCACAACAAGGAAUUAUUCUUGGAUCAUUUUUUUAUGGCUAUCUAUCGACACAAGUGAUUGGAGGACGUCUAGCCGAAUCAUAUAUACCACCUGAUAAGCUCAUUUUCAUUGCUUUAUCCUCUUCGGGAAUCAUUAAUUUACUGACACCAUUUCUUGCACGAAAUUCAUGGCUAUUGUUCAUUUGUAGCCGAAUUUUAUUGGGCGCUUUUCAAGGAGUAGUUUAUCCUGCAUUUUAUUGUCUAUUUUCUCGAUGGAUCCCAUCAAAUGAACGUAGUACAUUUGUACCUUGGCUCGAUGCUGGAAGCAUUAUGGGAACAAUACUCAUAUCAGCUUCAUCGGGAAAAAUAAUCUUAUAUUUUUCCAAUUUUGGUGGCUGGCCUGUUGUAUUCUACUUUUCAGGUGCUUUGGCUUUAUUAUGGAGCUUGUUGUGGAUUAGUUUUGUUCGAUCAAAUCCAGAGGAUCAUCCUUUGAUUACAAAAGAAGAGCUCAGUUUAUUGUCAAACGAUAAACAAAGCCAACAACAAGAUAAUCAAUCAAACAAUAUUAGUCCAUAUUGGUUUAAUAUAUUGACUUCACCGAUAUUUCUUGGAGUUUUGGCCACUAAAAUCUGUUAUGGCGUUGUCUUUGAUUUCGUUAGUCAAAAAAUUCCAGCUUAUUUACAAGGCGUAAUUGGUUUACCUGUAGAUGAGACUGGCAUAUCAUUCUCAUUCAUUAUGAUCGGCUAUAUGGGGACAUUGCUUUCAUGUGGUGCCAUUGCAGACUAUCUAAUCAAAAAUUCUUCACUAAGAACCGCAACUAUACGAAAAUUAUUUCAAUUUACAUCAGCAAUGAUAAUGAUCGUAUCAUUGUUAUUGAUAUCGGAAAUCGGAUUAUCAAAAUGGCCAAAUGUAUUCUUGUUGGCCGCAUUAAUGCUUGGUUAUGGAUUCACAUCAGGUGGUGAUUUACCUUCAGUCGUCGACAUUAGUGGUCCACUUUCAGGAACGGUAUUUGCCUUGAUGAAUACACUUUGCUCAAUCAGUGGAUUUAUGGUACCAUAUUUGGUUGGCAUUGUAAUUGCUCCAUCACCCACAUCUGUUAAUCUAUGGCGAUGUUUAUUUAUUUCUGGUGCCAUCAUAAUGGGCAUUGGUUUAAUUUCAUUUGUAACAUUUUCAUCGUCAAAUCUUCAAACACAUUGGUUCCGUCAAAAAGAAUCCGAUGAAAAAGAGGCAUUGAAAAUCCCUGUUGUUCAAUUAGAAUAUAAAAAUUCAUUAUCAUUGAGCCUGGUGCCGCCUUCCAAUUACAUUCCAAGAUAUGAUACAUUCCCCAUCGGAUCAGUGGACAAUCGAUAUCAAAGAAGUUUCAAUAUCUAGUCUCAUUAUUUGUAAACAAUUUCAAUUUCAUCAUUGUUUUUCAUUCUAUGUAUAAAAUUUGUUAUGCAUCCUGUACAUUAUAUAUUCAUUACUUACAAUAAUUUUUUUUUCGAUCAAAAAUCAUGAUUCAACGUUAAGUAUACAAAUAAAAAAAAUGAAUGAAAAUUA